AUGAAUUAAAUUAGCCAAAAUCUUUAAAUAGCUUUACUAUAUUCAAUAAAGACUGAUAACUCAUAGGAUUCUUAACUUGACAAAAUUGAUUUUUUUAAUAAGACAACUAAAUUAUUCUUAGAUUCUCUAGAGGUAGAUGAAAGACUUUAAAUAAAAGGUUUAUUUGGAACACACAAAGAAGUUGAAAGAGAAAUUAAAUUGUAAAUAAAUCAAGAAGUGACCUUAUAAUCUUAUUUGAAUAAUUCUGAAAGGGGAAACUUGAUCGCCUUAAAAUUCUAAAAUGUUAUGAUAUUUAUCUUCAUUCUUUCCGAAACAUUUUUUGUUACCAAACCCAUCAAUGAAAAAGCUGUAGAAAUUGUUCUUUUCAGAAUAAUAUAAGAUUUAACAGACAAUAUUAAAUUUUGUUUGAAUGAUGAUAUAUUUAAAAAUCAUUGGUAUUAAGGAGAUAUAAUUCCUUUUAAUCAAAUAAAGUAAAGAACAGAAUAUCAUUUUGCUGAGAGUGAAAAUAAGGAAAUUUAAAUAUACGAUUGUAAAUGGGUUUUAUCAUAAAAAAAUAUUACAAAUUACUAAAUCAUUAAUUCAUAGACAUUAUCACCUACACUUAUUAGAAUACGAAAACUUCACUUUCGUGAAGAAGAAACAAAUAACUUUAAAAAAACCAUUUAUUAUUUUAUCGGAAGGCUCCUAAUUUAGAUUCUAAACAAAAAAGAUAAAUAAACAAACUAAAUAAUGAGUAUAAUUAACAUAGAGCACUAAAGCAAAAGCUUGAAAAAUAUGCUUGAUAAAAUAUCAGAUGAAUUAGAAUAUGAAGUUAAUGAUUAAAUAAAUAAUUUAAUAAAUAUUUUUUCAGACAGCUGGAGAUUUAUAUUGGUGAGGAAUAAAGAAAAAGAGAUUCAAAAGAAAUAUUUUGAACAAUAGGUAAAUAAUUUUUUGUAAACAGUGGAUUUAGACCAAAAAUGGAAUUUCAUAUAUAAUCAUGAAUUAGUUGAUAAAGAACAUUUUAAUCUGUUCAAAGAGUAAAUGGAUGUAUUUUUUGAUAAAUUAAAGGAAAAAGUCUUUAAAAUCUUAGAUAAGUAUAAGUAUUAAAAAAAUGAAAUAAUUGAAGAAUUAAAGAAAUAAAAAUAUUAUGAGGUAGAAAGAAUCAACUUAAAAUUAUCAAGAGCUGACGAAAAUGAAACAGGAAGAGUAACAAGUAUAAUUCAAAUAAUAGAAAAUUAAUAAUAACCAAUUUUGUCUGGAAACCUUUUAUAGCUUGGGUCCAAAUUUUACGUAAAUGAUAUUUUUGAAACAAAAGAAAAAGAUCUCAUAAUUAUAAUAACUUCAUAUACUAAUUAUAAUUAAAUAUUGAAAACUCUUAUAUAUUUUUACAAAUGUAACAAACCUUAGGCUUAACUAAUAAAAUAAUUUGAUUUUUUCAAUACAGAAAAAGCUGUUUAUUUUUAUGAUUAUAAUAGAGGACAUUUAUUUAUUUUUAACUUUAAAAGCUAAUAAGUUUUACAAUUAAUUUUGACAGCUAGAGGAUCCAUAUAAAACGAAUAAUAAGUUUAUUAUUAACAAGAGCGAGGCUGCUCCUUUCUUGUUUCUCAUGUGGCAUAUCUUAAGAUGGUUAAUAAAUUCAUAGUAUUGUCAAAAGAUAAAUGGGUUUAUAAAUAGCAAGAUUAAGGAUAAGAUUUUGAAAAAGUGAAAUGCAGAAUAUAAAGAGAAAAUGGUAAUAUAGAGCUACACGACUUCGCACCAAGUAGUUAACCAUCUUAAAAAUAUAUUUAAAUAAUCGCCUGUCCUAGUGGGAAAUACUUUUAUCUUGCUAACCUUUAUUGCUGUGAUAGAUAUGAUGUAAAUCUUUUGAAAAUAGACAGCAUUAGUAUAGACGGGCCAAUUAAAAUAUUUGCUGAUUUUUCAGAUGUUAUAAUCUUAGGUCAACUUAAUCAAAAGACCAUGAAUAAAAAAGCAAAAAUCCUUUGUAAUUUGGUUUCUUAAAAAAGAUUUAACAAAAAAGAAGAUAAUUAAAAAAAUGUGAUUGGAAAUCCAGCAUUUGAUGUAGCUAAAGGCUCUUGUAUCAAAUUUGGUCCAAACUCACAAUUUUUAUUAAAAGAAAAGAAUAGUGCCAUUACCUUAAAUGUCAACAAUGAUUACUAUAAUAUCGUGAAGUCUUACUUAAAUAUUAUGAAAGUAAAUGAAAUAAUUCUUAGUUCUACUUAGCUUUAAAGUGCAGAAUUUAAAAGUGAAUAAAUUAAAAAUAUAAUAUUUUCUAGAGUUCCUUUAUAGUUAUGCACAAUUGAAAAUAGCAACUUAAUACCUCUAAAUGAUGGAUUUAGAUAGGAAACUCAAACAGAAACACUAACAAGUGUAGAAUAAAAAGUUAAAUAAUUGCAUUUAGGAUUUUUGGAAGAACAUUUGUCUAAUUAUAAUAAUAAGAUAUUUGUAGUAGGAAUUAUAGGUAAAUAAUCAUCUGGCAAAAGUUAUUUAUUAAACAGAGUGUUUGGAACUCGUUUUGCUGUUUCAUCAGCUAGAUGCACUGAAGGAGUUUGGGGAAGCAUCGCUUAUGUUGAAGAUUAAACAUUUCUAGUUUUAGAUUGUGAAGGAUUGUUCAAUGGAGCUAGAUCUGAUAAAGAAGAAAUAAAAAUGUUGGCAUUUCUAACUGCAAUAUGUGAUAUCACAAUCUUAAAUUCAGAUCUAGCAUUUAAUCGACAUUUUAAUGAUCUAUUCAAUCAUUUAGUUGAAGCAUCUAAAUAAUUAAAUGAUGAGAAGUUGUUUAAAGGAAUAUUAUAUUUUGUGUUAAGAGAUGUUAGUUCAUAGGAUAAUGCAGGAGCUGAAUAAGAAUUAUUAAAAAAUCUAGAAAGACUAAAAGAAGGUGGAUCAGAAGACAUAAUAUUUUUAAAGAGAUUAUUUAAUAAUAAAAUUGCUGUUGAAUCAUUAGUCAAUUAUGAACUAAAAUUAUUUGAUGAUUAAAUUAUUUCUGUGAGGAAAUAUAUUCUCGAAAAAUCUGCAAUAUCUAGUCACUGGAAUUGCGGAAGAGAAUUAAUAUAAAUCAUGAAAAUUUUGCUAUGUUAACUUGAAUUGUCAGAUAAUACAAAUGUCAGCUUGAUAGAUUUAUAAAUAUUAAUUGAAAAAAUUUUUGAAGAGUGCUAAUAAUUAUGGUAUGAUUUUUCUUUAGAAUAAGUUUAAGAUAUUAAUUUAAAAUUAGUUUAAAGUGAUUAUAAGUUUCCAAAAUUUGAGGCAUAAAAACUCAUCUUUUUCAAUAGAGAUUUAGUAUAGUAACUGUAUGAAAACCUCAUCACAGAGGAUACUAUCUCAAUUCAUAACAAAAACAUGUUCUAUGUAAAAACGUAAUUUAAUUAAAUGAUGGAAUAAAGAAAAGAAUAAAUUAUAUAAAGAGCAAAAGAAUUAACAAAUCAUAUCAAUAAUGAUGAAGUUAAAGAAAUAAUCGAAAAAAAUAUGUCUAUGUUAAAGAUUUUCUUAAAAGACUAGAUAACGUAUUAUCAAUUUUGUGAAGACAAAUGUGAUGAAUGCUAUUUGUAAUGCAAACAUUUCAAAAAUCAUAUUGAGAUAUCCUAAACACUUAUGUCAAAGUUAGUUGAAGAUAUAAACCAUUUAGAACUUCAACAGAAAAGUUCGAAAAUAAAAAAUAAAUCAUAAGAAUAGGAGUGGAGGGGAAUGAUUGAUAAAAUUAAAGAAGAAAUAUAAAAUGCUGAAUAUUCUUUGGAAGGAUUAAAAAUUUAAAAUUAAAUAAUUGAAAUUAAGGAAAAAAUCUGUAAAGAAAAGGAAGCUAUGUAAAAUAAUGAUUUUUAUGAUUUGGAUAGUAAUAGUAUAAACACAAGCGUUUUUAACAUUCCAGAAUUAAAAAAUCAAAAGUCCUUAGUUGCAACAUUAGAGGACAUUUAAAACAUAUAAAACCUAUUUGAGAAUGAAAUUAUUAGUCUUCAAAAUAAAAAAGAGUAAAAUAUUGAAACAACUAAAUAAUCAAAGGCUUAACUUGAGCAAUUAAAUUAAAAUUUAACUCAAUAUCUGUAGGAUAUUACUUAAAUUGAAAUUUGCUAAGAAGAGUUAGAAUCUUGCAAAAAGGAAAUAAGUAAGUAAAAACUUAUUACAGAAAAAGAAUUGUAGAAUGUCCAAUCAGAGUUUUAAAAAAUAUAGAUUGUUGGUGAUGAAAUGAAUAUUCAAAAUUUAUAAGUUAAUGUUGAAGAUGGAAACAAAAUUUUAAUAGAAAUUUAAGAUGAAAUGCAAAAAUAAUAGUUAAUUUAUUAAUAAAAUGCUUAAGAGUUAGAAGUACUAUUAAAAAAGGAUGAUAAUGAAUAAAUUUAGUAUUUAGAGUAAUUAGAAUAAGAUAUAAAUGAAUUUAUUUAAAAACAGAGUUAUUUGGAAGAAGAAAUAGAAGUUCUGAUGAAAAGCAAAAGGGAUUUGGAAGAUAUAAGGUAGAGGUUAGGAAAAGAAUAGUCUAAAAAAUUUGGAAAAAAUAAGAAUAUAAUAGAAGAACUAGGUUAACAAUUAAAAGGAUUUGAUGAGCUAUUAAUAAAUGAAAAAUUAUCAUAAUGUGAAAUAAAAUAAAAGGAGUUAGAAAUAAAUUUUAUAAAUUUUGAAAAUUCAUAGUUAUUUGAUAAAUGUAGGUAAGAAAUAGAUUUAGAAAAAGAAAAUUAAAUUCAGAAUGAAUAAAUAGAAUAGUAAGAUACUUAAAUUUAAACCAGUCAAUUGAGUGAAUAAUACUCUCAAACUUUAAACCAAUAAAAUAAAACUCAAAGUGAAUUGUUAGAAAUAUUUGAAAAGGAGAGAAGGCUUAGAUUAAUUAAUUUGUUCUUAUAAAAAAAAGAAGAAAAAUUGACUUAAAGCUAAGCUAAUUUGAGCUCUUUGAAUGAGGAAAUUUAGUAAGCAAAAAAUGAGAUUGAUAAUAUUAACGAAAUGAUAAUAUAAAUAAAAGAAAGAAAUAAACUGCUAGAUAUUUCAUAGAGUCAUAAAUCUAAGAUUUGUGAAUUUGAAAUAAGACUAAAAGAUUUCGAUUAAAGAUUACAAAACGAGAAGGAAAAUAUGAUUAAUAUAAAUCUAAAUCAAGAAUCAACUAACAAUAAACUUGAUUAAAUAUAAAAAUAUAUUAUUGAUCUGGAACAUUAGAAUGACUAAAUUGUUUAAUAAAUAAUAAGGGUAAAUUCAAGAUUGAAUGAAAUAAAGUAAUUUUAGGAAAAUUUAAACGAAUAUUCAAUUUUAAAUGUCACAUUAAGAGAGGAAGAAAUAAAAUUAAAAAAGAGAGCUGAAUUUGAAUCUAUUCAAAAUUUAUAAUAAAUGGAUGUUGAAAGCAAAAUAGAAAAUCUUAAUAACUAAAUCUCUCAACUUAAACAGGAAAAGGAAUCAUUAAACAACUAGCUGAGCACAUUUAAUAAAAUUUUAUUGCUUGAAUAAAAUUUGAGAGAAUUAUAUGAUUUAAAAAAAUAACUUGUUGAAUCAAAAUCCGAUGUACAUUUAUGUUAAAGGGAAAGUCACAAAUGUGAUUAGAAUUGUAGGAUAUGUUCUGAUUAAAAAUGUGAUCAUAAAGCUGGACAUUAUGAAAAAGAGGAGCAUUUGUGUAACAAAUAAGAUCAUAGAUGCUAUGACAUUUGUUAAAUUAAAAAUUGCAAAAGAAAAUGCAUGAAAAGUUUCAACCAUGAUGAAUAACAUAAAUGCGAAAAUGACCAUCCUUGUAUGGAAAAAUGUUAAUACUGUGAUAAAAAAUGUAAGAAAGAUCUAUCUGAUCCUCAUGAUCGUACUAAUCAUGAUUGCUUAGAUAAUUACUGUAUUCAUAAUUGCUAAUUGUGUUAAAGAAGAUGUUGCUAGCCACAUAAACACUCAUAAUAAAAAGAUAAACAUUUUUGCGAAAAUGUUCAUUAUUGUUAACAACAAUGCUAGGAAGAUGGAAUAUGUAAAAUAGAUUAUGAAGUUGUUCAAGCAAAAUGGAAAACUAAAUCAUCAGAAUUCUAAUAUACUAAAUACAUACAAAAGGAUAUUGGCAAAUAAAUAUGUUAAAAGCAGAUACCAGCAGGAUGCGAUAAGCAUGAUGGAAAGCAUUUAUGUAAGGAAAAAACUGAAAAGCAAUUUCAUCAAUGUAAUUAAUAAUGUCCUGAGUGUAAUACAUAUUGUGAUUUGUAAUACGGCCAUCUUGGAUCUCAUUAAUCAGAUCGACAUAGGAAUAAAGAAGAUUAAUAAUUUACAACUUAAGAAGGAAAUUAAAUCCACAUUUAAAUAUAAGAUCCAAAGGAUUCAUCUAUAAGAAAAUAUGAAAUUGGAGAAAACUCUGCCCCAGAAACUUGUGAUUAGAGCUGCAAAAGAAAAGGAAGGGCACAUUUUCAUUUAGUUAAAUGUGAAGGAAAAAAGAAAUGCAUGAUAAAUAAAACUAAGGAUAAAGCCAGACAUUCAAAAAACAAAUAUAUUGGAUUUGAGGAAAUUAGUUUUGAUGAAGUCUUGUGCGAAGAAUUUUGGAAAUCAAUAAAUUGGAUCCAUCCAAUCUUAUUUGAAUUAGAAAAUAUUAAUAAGUGUAAUUACUAUUGCCCUUUGUGUAUAUAAUAGAAUGGCACCCAUUAAUUUUGUGAUAAUAAUGCUUGGCAUACUAAAUAAUGUAAAAUAGGCGAUCAUUCAUUUUCUUGUGUAGAAACUCACUUUUAAAAUUAAAUUUAGGGGAUAGAUAUUGCUUUUGUAAUAGAUUCCACAUUAUCUAUGGAAUAAUAUAUAAAAUCGUGUAAAUCUAUAAUUAAGGAUAUAAUAGAAAAGAGUAAAACUAAAUAUAAUCUUAAUGGCUAGAAACUUGAAAUUAAUUUUGCUGCUGUUUCGUAUAAAGAUCACUAAUUUCCUUAUAAAGCGUCUUAAAAAAUAAUUGAUGUCUAAAAUUUUUCUUCAGGUACUGAUAUCAUUUCAUUUUUAAAUAAAAUUACUUUAGAAAACGGAUUUGAUUAUCCAGAAGCUGUCUUAGAUGGAUUAGAUGCCACAUUAAAGUUAAAUUGGCAUCCAAAAUUUGAAAAAUUACUUUAUUUAAUAGCUGAUUCACCUCCGCAUGGAAAAUAAUAUCACAAUUAUGGUGAUCAUUUUCCAGAAGGCUGCCCAUGUGGAUUAAAGUAAGAGAAAAUAUUCAGGAUACUCUAAAAUAUUAAGGUUAAGUUUAAAAUAUUAAAAUUAAAUCAAAAUAUAGAAAUGAUGAUUGGUGAGUUUAAAAAAGAUUUUGUUAAUUUAUAAGUACUAACUCCUUAAGAUGAGAACUUGAAUAAUUUUUAAGAUGUAAUUGUUUGCGACGUAUGCCAAUUUUUAGAACAUAAUGAAAUUACAUAUUAAAUGAAAAAAUAAAAAUGA